AUGGAAACAGGAAUCUGGAGCGAGGAAGGCGCAGCGGGCGGUAGCUCCUCCGCCUUCAGCUGGCUGGACGAGCUGGCCGAAAAGGCCUGGCUUAACGAGGAGGUAGAAGAAGACGUGGGGGUCCACGGUGACGGUUUGAUCAGCAAAAGCUGGCCUUUCCCUGCCGUGGAGGCUGCGAGGUCACUCCCGCGUCUGCCCUCCACGGCGUUCGCGGGCCAACGGAGCCGGCGGCGGCAGCCUCGCUUCCAGCCGACACUCUCUGUGGUCCGGGACCUGUCACCGGCCCCACCCCCGCCGACUCCAAGCUGCGCUCCGCCCCCGCCUCCGACGACAUCUGUCAUCGGCCAGGCAGAGGAAAGCUUGGACCGGUUGGGCCGGGUUGACAAGAGCAAAGGUAAGGCAGUGGACGAGGAGCAGCCGGCUGGGAGACCCACCUUCCAGCAGACGGUGGCCGCAACACCCACAUCUUCUCCCUCCCAGGCACCGCCAAUUCCACGGCUGCCCUCACCAUUGCCUUCCUUUGUGCACCAUAUGUUGGAGACUUCUGCCCCCCCUCGCUUGGCCGACCGCCCGCUGCAUCCCGAUCUCCUCAGAGAGAGGGUGCCGGUCGCGACUGCCUCACCGCCAACUUCGGCCACGACUCUGCCUGUGCCGCGAACCAGGCCACCCAUCCCACAGCUCCCGCCAUUCGUCCACUCUCCUUCGCCAACCAAGAGAGCCUCAACCACACCAAUGGCGCCGACAGAGAGGCCAGUCACACCUCUGCAAGUCGCUCAGCCAGAGCUCAAGAGUCGCUGGAGCCCCUCGCCCCCUCCCUCACCGACCAAGGUUCAAAAGCUCAUGAAGGCAAUGAGCUUCGCAAGUUUGAGAUCCCAAAAGUCGAAAACCAGUCUUCGCGAGCAGUCGAGUUCCUCCUCUGUUCCUCCGGUUCCUGAUCUCCCUCCGACGACUCCUGAAACUACAAAACGCCAAUCCGAUCGAUCAAGUGCAAGCACAAAGAAGAACUUUGGUUCUUUCGGCAAAAGCUCUUUGGGCAGAGGUAGCUCGUCCUCCCAAAAGUCCAAUUGGGUGGCAGCAGCAUUCGGCCGUGAUUCCUCCUCCAUCACACGUCCAAGAACUGCUUCUGGAAGGACCGAGAGAAGCUCGACAACAGAGAGAAGCUCCGGCAGCAGUUUGAUGAGCUCGGCGUUGAGUAAACAAGCAAGCACGGUCACCCCAGAGAGACCACAGGCUGGACUGUCGUCUUUGCCUCUUCUUCCAGCAGCUUCUACUUUCCACCCCGAACCCCCCUCCGCUACUCACAUAGUUCCGCCAAUGCCACCUGUGCCUCAGUCUCCCCCCAACCCUUCAGAUCUGCACAGAAAGAUCUCCAUGCGGAGCAUGUUCCUGCGGAAAAAGAAGUCGAGCUUGAACAAGAAAGAGGACCCUCGAGAGAAUAGAGGUGAAGACGAGGAGGUCAAAUGAGGGAGACACCAAUCCUUCAAGCUAUCACUGGCUAAUUUGAACAACCCAACAAUUACUACAGGGUCACGACUAACGACCGUAUGCCACACAGGGCAAUUUACGAUUCAACACCGCUGACCGCCGUCUUCAACAACACGCGAGUCUUCAUACAACAAGUCCAGUAUGUCGUUGACUUCAUCUCCUUUUACCUUGAACAUUUCCUAUUCUUGAUUCUCCUUCUAUUUCACUACUUUCGCGUUUUUCUUUUCUUUUUCUCAGUUUCGGUCUGCAUUUCGAAUCCGGUGUUUGGCACACAGGACAUUCGCCCAGGGAUAGAAGACUUCUACCCCUUUAUACUUGUACCAGAAGUUCCCGGUACGAGGGAUCAAAGCAGCAUCCAUGAUACCCCCAUCGCUCAGCUUACGGCAUAAAUAAGUCUCAACGAACAUGGUUUAGAGAGAUGAUAUACCCUAAGACACCCAUCCGCAUUUCAUUACUGUCAAACGGAGCAUCACCACGGAAGUAUCACCAUGGAGGCAUACAGUACUCAGAAAAAAUGGUUCAUCACCAGAUACCCGGUAUUUCAGGUGUUAGCACUGGUAGGCGGCAUCACCAGCGAGGAAAUACAGUACUUAUAGGGCUAUGGUUGCAUUGACACGGCGUCAGGGCGAGGUGGAUCACAAAAAGGGACAUGAACAAGGG